CCGUCCUCGCCAUGUCGUCCGGUGGCAUUUGGUUCGCGCUCCUCACCGACACGCCGCCCUUCAUGCAAGCGUGCUGGCGCCUCCUCCUCACGGCCUUUCUGCAGUUCUUUGGCCUUGUGUAUGAGCUCAAGACCGACAAGGCGCUCGAUGCUGCGUUUUGGGCGCGCUACAAGGCGUCGCUGCCGCUGCUUUGCAUCAUUGGCCUCUCGCUCAGUUUUCACUUUGGCGCGUGGGGCUGGAGUGUCGCCCAUACCUCGCUUUUGGACUCGCUCCUCCUUGUGUGCACGACGCCGCUCUUGCUGGUCGCCUUGAUGACGCUGCGCUUCGCGUUUCGCUCAGUCCAAGGCCGCAUGGCCCCGCCCAUUGAAGCCUCGACGCACGAGCCGUCAUCCGUUGUCGUCGUCGUCACACCGCAAGCCGACCGCCACAUCGAGAUGGACGACGGUGCGAUGGCGCUCGAGUACCACCCGCUGCACAAGGAGCAACCGUCGGCGCCAACGCUCUUCCAGCUCAUUUGUUGCCCGGUGCGUCCGCUGCCGCCCACGGCCAUGGAGGCUAUCGGCGCUAUCCUUGGGUUCCUUGGCGUCGUCGUCUUGCUCGUCGCGAGCUCGGGCUCGGCCGACACGGGCCCCAAGGUGACAUUGGCCGGUAACGCAGCCGCGCUUCUCGGUGCGGCGGCCGUGCUGGUGUACUUUGAAGGCGGGGCGACCUGCCGCGAGUGGAUGCCGCUUUUUGUGUACGCAUUUCCAGUCACAUUUGUCGCGACGCUGUGCUUGGCGGUCGUCUCGCUUGCGUUUGAGUCUGGCACGUCGUUCACGGGCCUCGGCCCCACCGCGCUCUUUGGCUUCCUCGGGUCCUCGGAUCGAUUUGGCCUUGCGUUUGGCUCGGCGGCUGUCUCGGGCAUUGCCGGCCACACCUUUGCCAACUUGGCCGUCAAGUAUGUGAGCCCGCUGCUGAUUUCGGUCGCAAUUCUGUGGGAACCCGUCCUUGGCUCGGUCGUUGGCUGGCUCGUCGGUGUGCAAGGCGCGCCGGGUACCUCGGCGCUCGCUGCGACGCCGCUCCUCAUGAUUGGUGCGCUCUUGGUGACGGUUGGCAGCCGUGAUAGUGGCAUCGAUCUUCUUGGCUGGCUCAAGGCAAAGACGACGGCGCUCUGCGGACGGCGACAGGAUAGCUAAGUUUAUACAUUCCAUGUGCUGGAUAAUAUACACCACUGUAUCGAUAAAUGUACUCCGCA